AUGGCCGACGAAGCUGCUCCAGCAACCACAACGACCGUAACGUCAAGUGAUGAGAAAAAUCUUGUAGUCUCAUUCAUUCAGUUUAUUAGACAUAAGGUGUCGGCCAAUCAGUGCACAGAGGACCAGAUUGAGGCCUUAGAAGUGGCUGUGCAAUGUAUGGAGUCAGCAUUCGGCCUAACUGAUGCUAAUUACGCUUUUCAACCAUCAAAACCUCUUCUUGAUGUUUUUAUAGCAGCUGAGGGACUUCCUUCGGGAGAGGAUAAACUGCCAGAACCAACAGAGGCGGAAAUAGCGGAGGCAAAUAAACUCAAGGAAGAGGGAAAUGACCUAAUGAAAGCAUCUCAAUUUGAUGCAGCCGUCAGUAAAUAUAAUGAGGCUAUCAAACUGAAUCGGGAUCCUGUUUACUUCUGCAAUAGAGCUGCUGCAUAUUGCCGACUUGAACAGUAUGACCUCGCAAUCCAGGACUGCAGGACAGCACUUGCUCUUGAUCCAAAGUACAGCAAAGCCUACGGCAGAAUGGGUCAAAACUGCCAUUUCAGUCUCGCGUUGUCAUGUCAGAAUCGUUAUGAGCAAGCCGUCGAAGCCUACAAGAAGGCUCUGGAAUUGGAUCCUAAUCAGGAAAGCUUCAAAAACAAUUUGAAGAUUGCUGAAGAAAAAGUUAAGGAACUUGAGGCGGCAGCACAAGCAAGUGGUGCGCAACCGAAUCCUUUUGCCGCUAUGUUUGGUGGUGCCGGAGGAGCAGGAGGAGCUUCACUGCCACCUGGUGUAGAUUUUGCAUCCUUAUUCAACAAUCCGCAGAUGUUAAAUAUGGCGCAGACUUUGAUGAACGAUCCCAACAUUCAAAAUAUGAUGGGCCAAUUAAUGUCGGGUGGUGCGGGAUUCGGGAACAUUUUCCAAGCUGGGCAACAACUUGCGCAACAAAUGCAACAAACAAAUCCCGAAUUUGUCGAGCAAUUAAGACGACAGUUUGAGGGUCAUGGGCCAAAUGAUGGCGAGAACGAAGGCGGCGAAAACAACCAACCAGGUCAACAGCAGUGA